AUUGUUGACCUAACUGGAAGAUAGGUGUAAAAAAAAUAUCUUUGUAAGAUAAAAUGUUAAAAUCUUUCCUUUUUUGCUCCGAAAAUGUCUUAUGUUAGCUUGAUUAUUGUAUUUUAAAAAUAAUCUGAAUAAUAUCUUUGUAAAUAUCUAAUAAUACAAUAUAAAAUAAUGAAAACCUAAUAAUUAAAUUUAAUUAACAAGCCAUUUGAUAGCUUCAUAGCUUUGAUGAACGUCUUUGAAUGGGAAAUUGGUCAGCCCAUCAAAAGUAAACUAGUAGAGACAUCACGUUGUCAAAGUAUGUACUAACAAUUUUAACAAUCCAAAUCAAGUCUUUUUGGAGUUCUCUGUAGUAUAGUUUUCUUUCAAACAAGUGUACACGAUACUUGGUGUGAAAAUUUUUCACUUUUGCUACAAAACAUAACCUAAACUAUUGACGUUGUCAAUUAAAAUUUAUAAAAUAAAUUCUUACUUUAUCUUUUAAUUGAAAAUAUCUUCAUCAUGAGUAAAGCACAUUUACCUGAAUUGAAAAAGUAUAUGGAUAAAAAAUUAUCCUUAAAAUUGAACGGAGGAAGGCAUGUGAUUGGCAUACUCCGAGGAUUCGAUCCUUUCAUGAACAUGGUAAUAGAUGAAAGUAUUGAGGAAUGUAAAGAUGGUUCCAAAAAUAACAUUGGCAUGGUGGUAAUAAGAGGAAAUAGCGUUAUAAUGUUUGAAGCAUUGGAUCGAACCUAACUGCUACCAAAUAAUUGAGUUAAUAAAUUAAUUAAGAAUCAAAUGUCAUCUAAUUCAACCAUGCAUAAGCUUACAUUGUAAAAAGUCUUUACAGGUUUUACUCUAUUUUUUUAUUUCAUUAUUGUAGUCAAACCUCAGUUAUUUCUGUGCAUUCUGUCAAUAAGAAAAAUGUUUGAUAAAUUAUAGUUUGCAGUCAAGAAAUUGUAGAGUAUGAAGAUGGUAAUUUUUUUUACCUAAAACUUAUGAGAGAUGAAAAAUCAAUAAGUUCAUUAAACUAAUAAAAAUACUUUAUUACUCAUCUAAA